ACCGAGGCUGAACCGCAUGCUUGGGUUGUGGCUGAGCCGACCAAAGUCGUAUCACGUAUCGAGACUACCGCAAUCUGUUCGACACAGAAUGAGUUCACCAUUCCCAGUCGACCGAUCCCCAUAUGGCAACCAGUACGACCGGAUGCGUACAAGAACGGAUACAAGGAUUCCGCAUGUGCGUUUGAUCCGAUUGACACACAUGCGGUUCGGGAGCAAAUCAAAUGACCACGUGACCGGGGCGUAUGUGUGGAUCUGGUGA